GCAACAAGGAGGAGUUUGAACUAGAACUUCAGCGAAUACAACACAAAGCUGAGCUAGAUGCACAGAUGCUACACAAUCAACAAAGGAUGCAAGCUCUAACUGUAGAUCUGUAUUCUACACCAAAGGCUGGCAAGAUCCCAACAAUGACACAGCCAUCACAGUCACCAAUAUCAGAAGAUUCAAUCUCACAACUACUAGAGUUUUCAAGGCAGCAAUAUCAAGCCCAAGUAGACUCCCUAAGACUCCCACCAACUGAUAUGAUCAAGUUCAAUGGUGACCCUCUUCAGUAUUGGAAGUUUAUGAGACUCUUCACAACAAUGGUGGACAAAGAAUCUGUUGCUGCGGAGGAGAAGUUAACUCGUCUACAUCAGUAUACCGAAGGAAAGGCUCGAGAUGCCAUCAGUCACUGCCUGUACAAUCCUGAUCCUAGUGCAGGUUUCAAGGCAGCACUUGAGCGACUAAAGACAAGAUUUGGAAAUCCUCAUGCCAUAUCUCAGGCUUGGGUUGAGAAGGUUUUAAACUUUAAAGAGAUAAGAGACAAUGUGCAAC